AUGCCGCGGAAGCGGGCUAUAGGAGUCCUGGUCCCACUGAGUUAUGGAUUGUUUGGCGAUACAAAGUCAAAAACGGCUGUUAUCGACCUGAAAGGGCUUCCAGAAACAGCCCAGAUAAUUGACCAGAGAAGCUUCAAUGUCCUGGAACGUGUUCCACCGCCCACUGAGGCCAAUGCUACAACGAGGUUCCUAUGGCCAGGAGUCACUCACGAAUCCCUCUUAGAACGACCAUUCCACGUCUACGAUGCCGAGUUUUUAGAUAUUAUUGGAAGCAAUCCCACGUUGACGCUGCUCGCCACCUCUGACAGAGACCCUAUCUUCCACGAGGCUGUAGUAUGGCAUCCACCCACCGAAGAAGUAUUCUUUGUGCAAUCAGCAGGGUCUCCAGACGCAGGAACCGGCCUAGAGAAGUCUUCCAUUAUCCAGAAGAUUUCCCUAGCAGAAGCUGAAGCUUUGCGAAAUGGCUCGCAUACACAAAGUCAGGUUGAGAUAGCCGUGGUUGACUCUGAACCACAAGUCAUAAAUCCUAAUGGUGGAACAAACUACAAAGGCCAAAUUAUAUUUGCAGGUGAAGGACAAGGAGAAGACGUCCCUUCAGCUCUAUACCUGAUGAAUCCGGAAAAGCCAUACAACACCACAAUUCUUGUGAACAACUACUUCGGCAGGCAAUUCAACUCACUUAACGACGUUUCCGUCAACCCAAUAAACGGACACAUCUACUUCACUGAUACGAUGUAUGGCUAUUGGCAGCAUUUUCGUCCCGAGCCAGGGUUGAGAAACCAAGUUUAUCGGCUUGAUCCAGACACAGGAGCUUUGGCCGUUGUUGCCGAUGGCUUCGCUGCCCCGAAUGGUAUAACAUUUUCUCCUGAUGGGAGGUACGCAUAUAUCACGGAUACUGGACUGAGUAAUGGUCUUUUUGGGGUGAAUCCUACCAAUCCGGCGUCUAUAUAUCGCUUCGAUAUCCAGAAAGACGGAUCAUGGGAUAAUCGGAAGACCUUUGCAUACGUAGGAUCGCGUUUACCCGAUGGUAUCCAUUGCGACUCAAAGGGCAAUGUAUAUGCAGGAUGUGGUGAUGGCGUCCAUGUCUGGAAUCCUUCUGGCAAACUCAUCGGGAAAAUAUACACCGGCAUGAAUGCAGCCAACUUUCAACUGGUAGGAAAUGGUCGGAUGAUCAUAAUGGGAAGGACGAGGCUAUUCUAUGCUACAAUCGCUGCGUCUGAGGCACCGCUGAGUUGA